GCGGACGUAACGGAGGGAGGUUGGACCCGCGGGAACCAGCCGGAGCUCGCCCGCCAGAAGAACAUGAAAAAGCAGGGCCACUCGGUUAAGGGGAAGCGCCGAGGUGACGGGCUUUCUGCGGCCGCCCGCAAGCAGAGGGACUCGGAGAUCAUGCAGCAGAAGCAGAAAAAGGCAAACAAGAAGAAGGAGGAACCCAAGUAGCUUUGUGGCUUCGUGUCCCACCCUCUUGCCCUUCGCCUAUGUGCCGGGAGUCAGUCCCACCACGCUCGCCUUUCCUCCUGUAGUGCUCGCAGGUCCCAGCACCCAUGGCAUUCCCUUUGCCCUGAGCCUGCAGCGGGUCCCUUUUGUGCUUCCUUCCCCUCAAGUAGCCUCUCUACCCCUGGGCCACUCCCGGGGGUGAGGGGGUUACCCCUUCCCAGUGUUUUUUAUUCCUGUGGGGCUCACCCCAAAGCAUUAAAAGUAGCUUUGUAA